ACCACACAAUGCGUCAUUGCCUUCUCUCUCCUACACGGCUAUUCUACACCCUGCUGAGGCCCUCACACAUGCUCCUUAAAGGAGAGACCCAAAAGAGCGUGUUACAGCUCCUUUUUCUCUUGUUUCUGAGAGAUCAACAUCCUAAGGCAAUAUCUCAGAGCAUCACUCUAAGGAAACACCAGGAGGAAAAAUGGCCAAAUCUUUCCCAGUACUCAGCUCACUUUCAUUCUUCAUCAUGAUACGUUUGGUGUUAACUUCUGCUGCAGGUCCCCGGCAAUGGUGGCCACCACAUGGACCUGUUAAGCAUGACUUGAUACAUGGUGCCAGGUCCACGCCCAGGAUCCAAACUGGUGAACCCCGGGCCUCCGAAGUAGAGCUCACGACCUUAACCACUACGCCACCAGGCCGGUCCCCUAUUAUUUUUUUUAAUGUGAAAUGUCCAUUUAGGAAAGUAGACUUGAGCUGGUUCAGUGGAACAGUGAACCCCUGCCCUGGUUUAUAUCAACCUAUCUGUGGCACCAAUUUAAUAACCUAUGAGAACCCCUGCAUCUUGUGUGUUGAAAGCAUGAAAUCUCGGGGAAAAAUUAGAUUUAAACAUGAUGGAAAAUGCUAGCCAACUGGACUUGGAUGUGAAAGAAGCUAUCUUCUCUUUCUCUCCAUCAUGACAAUCCUCCUCUUGCAAAUCGCCCCUCCUUUCAUGUGUUGUUAGUGACAGAGCUACCCCACUGAGCUUGUAUCAGAGAGCUAAAGGUUUCUUCUUUAGACCUCUUCCGUCACUGAUUCACUCCCUUCCAUCUUCUCCCUAAGAAAUAAACUUUUCUGAAAGUCUGA